UUAAGUUAUAAAUAUAUAAAUAGUUUAAGUAAAUUUUAUAAAAUUAAUGGCAGAAUUUGUAACAGAUGUAUUCUUGUUAACAGGAAAGGAUGCAGAUCCUGAAAUUAUAGUUAUUGAUUCUACUUAUCAAAAACAAGAAGCAAAUCUUUUUGAUAGUAGUUGGCGCAACAAAGCAAAACGUUUCAUAGCUUAUAAACGUUACUUAAAUGAUCAAUAUGUAGUGACUGAUAUUUUAGUUAUACCUGAGGACAAGGAUGUUCCAGAUGAUUAUGCAGGGUGCUAUCUUACCAAAGACACAAGAGAAAAAGGUCUUCGAAAGCACAUACUUUGUUAUAAACGAGAUUUAAGAACAUCAGUUGAAAAAGCUAUAACAGAUAUAAAAGUACUUGGAAAAGGCGAAUAUAUACCUUCUAAUUAUUCUUCAACAAGUACAAACCUAAAUGAAAAUCAAAUUAUCUUUAAAAUAGAUAAUAUUAAACGUCGCGCUCCUCUUCGUCAAGCCCCUCCGAUUCCACCAUUAGCAACUGUGCAAAAAGAAAACAGUAUACAACCACUAUCACCAGGGAGUUUAGUAACAGAUCUUGAUGGUGUUCCCUUUGAAAUAAAUCCCAGAUACUACGGAUCAAACAAAAUGGAUAACCCAAGCAUUUCUGAUAUGUACACACCUACUGUUGAGGAUAUUUUAAGAAAGUAUGAUUAUUCUUUCGAAAAAGAGAAAUCUGUUAUCAGAUACGCUGAAGAAGAAAACAGACACACAAGUUCAUUUGAAAGUUUUAGGUAAUUUUGAUGAAAACUUGAAUUUUUUUUUCUUUGAAUUAUUAUUUAUAUGAUCUUUCGUCGAUUUUAAAAAUAUUUUUUACUUGUGUAUUUGAUAUCUGUCAACUUGUAUAUCUUAUAAAAAUUAUGUUACUUGCUAAUAUUGUAAAGUAUUUUAUCAUUUAUAGAACUUAAA